GAGCGUGUGCUUGGGUCACGGCGGCCUCGCCACACAUGGCUGGGAGGUGUCGGCCGUCUGCCUCCACUGAGAAAGGAGAUUAAAUCAAUCUGCUUAACUAUUCACAGAGUCUAGAAAUUAGCUGUGUUAGCAAUCCAGUAGCACGCUCGGUGGAAUAUGUGGUGUUAUGUGCUAUUCACUGGGUAUCGAUCACCGGGGCGAGUGUUCUUCUGAGGCUUGUCGGCUGCAGCCAGCCCCUACUGGGGGUGAAACGGAGUCAUGGGGGCAGGAAUACAGGUCAGACUCCUGCUGUGGAAGAACUGGACCGUCCGCAGGAGGCAGAGGGUGCGUUUCUUGAUGGAGAUCAUGUGGCCUGUUGUUUUGUUCAUGGGACUGGUGUGGCUCCGAAGAGUGAAUCCGCUCUACCGCCAACAUGAAUGCCACUUCCCCAACAAGGCCAUGCCUUCAGCAGGCGUGCUGCCGUGGAUCCAGGGGAUCUUCUGCAACGCCAACAACCCUUGUUUCCAGUACCCCACCCGUGGUGAAUCACCUGGCUUGGUGUCCAACUACAACAACUCAAUAUUGGCCCGGUUCUACUCGGACGCCCAGGAGCUUCUCUUUAGUGAUCCAAAGCUUCUCCCCAUGGGACGCCUCUGGAGCGAAGUGAGAGCCAUGAGUCAUCUCAUGGACACACUGCGUACCCGUCCUGAACUGGUCUCAGGCCGAGGAGUCCGGGUGGAGUCCAUCCUCAAGGACGAUGAGACUCUGACGUCGUUCCUUCUGAGAGAUGUUCCUCUCACGCAGUCGGUGGUCAAUCAUCUUGUCAGCGCUGAAAUCAGAGCAGAAAAGUUUGCCUUUGGGGUUCCAGACGUGCAUCUGAAGGACAUCGCCUGCAAUUUGGACCUUUUAGAACGGUUCCUGAUUUUCCCCAACCGCCGAGGGCUCCACGCCGUCUGCAACGCCAUGUGCGCCCUCACCCCUCAGCGGCUGCAGAUCAUCGAGGACAAGUUUUACGCCAACGUGGACUUUUUCAAGCUCUUCCGGCUGCUUCCCCGCGUGCUGGACAAAUACUCCGAAGGCAUCAACAUUCACUUUUGGGUGCAGGUGGUAUCCGCCGCCUCAGACAAACUGCGAGAGUUGUUCAGGAGAAGCAGCACCCGGGAGCUCCUCCAGGUCAUGACGCCUCUCUUCCAGAGCGCCCCGUCCUUUAGGCAGGUGAUGGCAGCCGCUUCCAGCCUCGUGUGCGGCUACACGGAGGGGGCCUUCUCCCGAGUGGCCUCCUUUAACUGGUACGAGGACAACAACUACAAAGCUUUCCUGGGCAUCAACAGGGGCGGAAGGCCGGGCCAGCACACUUACGACAACAGCACCUCCCCGUUCUGCAAUGAUCUGAUGAGGGAACUGGAAUCCAACCCUGCCUCCAGGAUCGUGUGGAACUCACUCAAGCCCAUGCUGAUGGGCAAGAUCCUCUACGCCCCCGACUCACCUGCUGUCAGAAUGAUCAUCAGAAAUGCCAAUUCCACAUUUGAAGAGCUGCAACGCUUCAAGACGAUGGGGAGAGCCUGGGAAGAAGUGGCUCCACAGAUCUGGGCUUUCUUCCAAGAUGGCGUCCAAGUCAAAAUGAUGCGGGACACUUUCAAGAAUCCGUCAGUGAUGGAUUUCAUCGACCGGAGUCUCGAGGAGGCGCCGUUUGCCACCAAACACAUCCUCAACUUCCUGCACAACGGACCACCAGAGGACCGGCGAGCCAACAUGCCAGAUUUUGACUGGCGGGACAUCUUCAACCUAACGGACCGGGUCAUUGGGAUGCUCAAUCAAUAUGGAGAGUGUCUGAUCUUGGAUAAAUUUGAGGCUCUGCCCAACGAGGACACAGUCACUUAUCGGGCCUUGGACCUGCUGGAGGACGGCAAGUUCUGGGCCGGCCUCGUCUUUGUGAACAUGCACCCUUGGAGCGCCAAAGUCCCACCUCAUGUAAAGUUCAAGAUCCGUAUGGAUAUCGAUGCUGUGGAGCGGACCAAUAAAGUCAAAGACAGGUAUUGGGACCCAGGCCCGAGGGCGGAUCCAAUGGAUGACCUGCGCUAUGUUUGGGGGGGGUUUGCUUACCUCCAGGAUAUCAUAGAACAUGGCAUCAUUCGGACUCAGACGGGGAAAGAAUGGCCGCUGGGUGUUUACCUGCAACAGAUGCCCUACCCUUGUUAUGUGGAUGAUCUCUUCAUGCUCACACUGAACCGCUGCUUCCCCGUCUUCAUGGUUCUGGCCUGGGUGUACUCCGUGUCCAUGAUAGUCAAAAGUAUCGUUCUGGAAAAGGAGCUCCGUCUCAAGGAGACCCUCAAGGUGAUGGGGGUCUCGAAUGGUGUCAUCUGGUCCACGUGGUUCAUUGACAGCUUUGUGGUGAUGGGUACCAGCACUGCUCUCCUGACAGGAAUCAUCAUGGGAGGAAGGGUUCUGAACUACAGCAACCCCCUCAUCCUUUUCCUCUUCCUCCUCACCUUCACCACGGCCACCAUCAUGCAAUGCUUCCUCCUCAGCGUCUUCUUCAACCACGCCAACCUGGCGGCAGCCUGCUGCGGGAUCAUCUACUUCGCCCUCUACCUGCCGCACCUCUUCUGCUUCGCUUGGCAGGACCGCAUCACCAAAGACAUGAAGAUCCUGGUGAGUCUGCUGUCCCAAGUCGCAUUUGGUUUUGGGACGGAGUACCUGUCACGGUACGAAGAGCAAGGUCAGGGUCUGCAGUGGGACAACAUCCAGACCAGUCCUCUGGAAGGGGACGAGUUCUCCUUCCUCACCUCCAUCUGCAUGAUGGGUGUGGACACCGUGCUCUAUGCUCUACUCGCCUGGUAUCUGGACAACAUCUUCCCCGGCCAGUAUGGUAUUGGACGACCAUUUUACUUCCCUCUCAUGCCCUGCUAUUGGUUCAAUACUGUGGCUCCAGAGACAGACAACAAACAUGAGCUGUGCAAAAAAGGCUUUGAUAACUCAGCAUGUGUGGACCAAGAAGAACCGCAGAAAGAGGAGCAGGAAAACCCGGACAAAGCGAAGACUGCAGAGGCAACGAGUGCAUGUGAACACCGGGAUCGGAGAGAUGCUGCAGGGCCGGAGAACCGGAGAACAGAUGGCCAGCCGUUCUUCGAGGCGGAACCGGCCGACCUGGCGAAAGGCGUCUGCAUCCAGAACCUGGUGAAAGUGUUCGGCAGCAGCCCCAGACCUGCCGUGAACGGGCUCACUCUCAGCUUCUUUGAGAACCACAUCACCGCCUUUCUUGGCCACAACGGCGCCGGCAAGACCACCACCAUGUCCAUCUUGACUGGCAUGUUCCCCCCCACCUCGGGCACGGCUACCAUUUAUGGAAAAGACAUCCGCACGGACAUGGACGCCAUCCGCUUGUCUCUGGGAAUGUGCCCACAGCAUAACACCCUUUUUCAGUAUAUGACAGUCGCUGAGCACAUCCUCUUCCACUCGCUACUGAAAGGCCGUCCAAUCGCAGAAGCUGAGGAAGAGGUAGAGAACAUGCUCCAGGACUUGGGUCUACCCCACAAGAGAGAUGAACUGAUCCAGAAUCUGUCAGGAGGCAUGCAGAGGAAGUUAUCGGUCGCGCUGGCGUUUGUUGGUGGCGCAAAGGUGGUCAUCCUGGAUGAACCCACGUCAGGGGUGGAUCCUUACUCCCGGCGCUCCAUUUGGGACCUGCUGCUAAAAUACCGUGCAGGUUGCACGGUCAUCAUGUCCACCCACCACAUGGACGAGGCCGACCUGCUGAGCGACCGAGUGGCUAUCAUCUCCCAGGGGCGCCUCUACUGCUGCGGGUCCCCCAUCUUUCUCAAGAACUGCUUCGGCGCCGGCUUCUACCUCACUCUUGUGCGGAGAAUGAAAUACGGCGGGGGGGAUGCUGACGUGUGUGCUGAAAACUGCUCCUGUAAGUGCUCCAAGUGUCUGAAGUUUAAAGCCACCCGGGAGGAGACGCUGACUCCAGACAGACAAAUGGACGGUAACAUUGAACGCAUCACAGCCCUGGUGCAUCAUCACGUGCCGCAAGCUCGUCUGAUCGAGGCCAUCGGCCAGGAGAUGACGUACCUGCUUCCCAGUGGCGACUUCCAGCCCAGGGCCUACGCCAGCCUGUUCAGGGAGCUGGAGGAAACCUUGGAGGACAUCGGCCUCAGCAGCUUCGGCGUGUCUGACACGUCGCUGGAAGAGAUUUUCUUAAAAGUCACGGCUGAUGGCUACGCAAGCAGCAAGAAAUGCAUUCAAGACAAUAAAUCACUACAGCAGAUGUCUCGCGCUAGUCUCUGUGGAUUCAACAGAGUGGCAAUCGCUACGGAGCCUGAAGAGUCUGACGGGGCUCCGCAUAGCAACGGCCCGUGUGAUGGUCCAGAAGGUAAUGCGGGGCGGGGAUCCUACCAGGUCAGAGGUCUUUGUCUGGCCAUCAAGCAGUUCUUUGCGCUGCUGAUCAAGAGGCUGCACCACACCACUCGCUCCUGCAAGGACUUCUUUGCUCAGAUUGUAUUACCCGCCAGUUUUGUUUUCCUGGCUUUGACGUUCACGCUGGUCGUUCCGCCGUUUGGCGAGUAUCCGAGCGUGACGCUCAGUCCUUGGAUGUAUGGAAGACAGUACACCUUCUUCAGUAACGAGCGUCCACUGGAUGCGCAGAUGAGACAUUUAGGGGAGGUGCUGUUGGACAAGCCGGGCUUUGGGACACGCUGCAUGGCGGAUGAACCACUGGAAGAAUUCCCGUGUAAUAACAUCACCACCGAGUGGGAGACGCCCCUGGUCAAUCCCUCAGUCAUUGAGAUGCUGGCCGGUCCCGAAUGGACGUCCCUCAGACCGUCCCCCGACUGUCAGUGCAGCACAGACAGGAAGCUCACCAUGCUGCCGACGUGUCGCGAGGGAGCCGGAGGCCUGCCGCCGCCGCAGAGAAUUCAGUCAACGGGAGACGUUCUCAUGGAUCUAACAGGCAGAAACAUCUCAGACUACCUGGUGAAAACCUACCCCGGUCUCAUCAGAACGAGCUUAAAGAGCAAAUAUUGGGUGAAUGAACAAAGGUAUGGAGGAAUCUCAGUUGGUGGUCAACUUCCUGUUUUAGAUUUGCAGCCCAAGCAGAUCCAGGAUGCAGCAGUUCAACUGGGACAACUGCUCAACGUUAGCGGGGGCGACUACUGCAAACAAACACUGAGGGAAAUUGGCACGUUCCUCAGGUACAUGGAGACGCAGAACAACGUUAAGGUAUGGUACAACAACAAGGGCUGGCACGCCAUGGUGUCUUUCCUGAACGUGGCAAACAACGCCAUCCUCCGUGCAAACCUGCCCAAAGGCACGCACCUGGAUCAGUACGGAAUAACCGCCAUAAACCAUCCCCUCAAUCUCACGAAAGAGCAACUGUCUGAAAUCACCGUCUUGAACACGUCGGUGGAUGCGGUGGUGGCCAUCUGCGUCAUCUUCGCCAUGUCUUUUGUUCCGGCCAGCUUCGUCCUCUACCUCAUCCAGGAGAGGGUCACCCAGGCCAAACAUUUGCAGUUUGUUAGCGGAGUCAACCCCUUCAUCUACUGGAUGGCCAACUUUCUUUGGGACAUGGUAAAUUACUCUAUCAGUGCGCUGAUGGUGGUGCAAAUUUUCAUCUUUUUUGAUAAGAAGUGCUACACCUCGCCGACCAACCUGCAACCCCUCGUUGCACUGCUUAUGCUUUAUGGCUGGUCUGUCACGCCCAUGAUGUACCCGAUGUCCUACAUAUUCAGCGUGCCCAGCACAGCCUAUGUGUCUUUGUCGUGCAUCAACCUCUUCAUCGGCAUCAACAGCAGCGCCAUCACCUUCAUCCUGGACCUUUUUGAAGGCACCACAGCUCUGUACAAGAUCAACCAGCUGCUGAAGACUGUGCUGCUCAUCUUCCCCCACUACUGCCUGGGCAGAGGCCUCAUCGACAUGGCCAUCAACCAGGCUGUGACUGAUGUCUUCACUCGCUUUGGUGAGGAUCACAGUCCAGACCCUUACGAUUGGGACUUCAUUGGAAAGAACCUGUUCUGCAUGGCAGUAGAAGGAUUCGUAUAUUUCACCCUCAAUAUUUUGUGCCAGUAUCGCUUCUUCCUGGAUCGCUGGACACCCGACGGCCCGAAGCCGUCUAUUCUGGAUGAAGAUUUGGACGUGGCUGAGGAAAGAGAGCGAAUUUACAAGAGCAGAAAAACAAAUGACAUUUUACACGUACGAGACCUUUCUAAGAUAUACACAGGAACCAUCACUCCUGCCGUGGAUCAGAUCUGCAUUGGAGUAUCGCCGGGAGAGUGUUUUGGUCUGCUGGGGGUAAACGGCGCCGGGAAGACCACCACGUUUAAGAUGCUAACUGGAGACAUUGAGGUCACCUCAGGAGACGCCUCCGUGACAGGACACAGCAUUUUGACCAACAUCCUGGACGUCCACCAAAACAUGGGCUAUUGCCCUCAGUUUGACGCCAUCGACGAACUUCUGACUGGAAGAGAACACCUUCACCUCUACGCUCGCCUGCGCGGGGUCCCGGAGGCUGAGAUCAGCAGGGUUGCAGAGUGGGCCAUCCGAAAGCUGGGUCUCUGCGAGUACGCCGGUCAAAGUGCUGGCACCUACAGCGGAGGGAACCGCAGGAAACUGUCAACAGCGAUUGCCAUGAUCGGCUGUCCUGCUCUGGUGCUGCUGGAUGAGCCCACCACAGGCAUGGACCCGCUGUCCAGGCGCUUCCUCUGGAGCUCCAUUGUGAGCGUGAUUCAGGGGAGAAGAGCAGUUGUGCUCACCUCACACAGCAUGGAGGAAUGCGAGGCGCUCUGCACACGUUUGGCCAUCAUGGUGAACGGGUCCUUCAAGUGUCUUGGAACCAUUCAGCAACUCAAAUACAAAUUCGGUGAUGGCUACGUGGUCACCAUGAAGAUCAGGGCCUCGAAGGCUGGCUGCGCCCCCGAUCUGAACCCGGCCGAAGCCUUCAUGGAGAGCACCUUCCCCGGCUGCAUCCAGAGAGAAAAACACCACAACACCCUGCAGUACAAAAUCGCCUCCUCCUCCCUGGCGCGGAUCUUCCAGAUGGUCCUCGCCAACAAAGACAAGCUCAACAUCGAGGACUACUCGGUGUCACAGACGACUCUCGAUCAGGUGUUUGUGAAUUUUGCCAAACAACAAUCAAGAGAAGACGACGCCAUUGUUUUGCAUCCGAAAGCGGCGGGGGCGCAGCAAGGUGGUCACGGCACCCCCGUUAAAGUAGCAAGGAAGUAAACAUUUCUUUUAUUCACACUGGGGGCGGGGGUGGGGGUGGGGGGGCUCACACUACCAGAAGUGGAGCUUGAAGCGAGACGAACUGGUUUAUUUCCAACAUGCUUAACAAGGUCACAUGAAUGCACAUCACAUGUUUACACUUGCACGACUCGACAAUCAUCAAUAAGGGGGGGCCGCAAGUGCUUAUUUUUCACCCCAAAAAAAUGGUUUUGUUACCAGGCAGUUUUAUUUUAGGCUAAUUUGCUUAUCUUAAGUCAUACGUUUAGUGAAUAUCCUGUGAAAUACUUACAAUAAUAUACUGUAUAUAAUAUAAAUAUAUAUAUACAGUAUAUAUUUAAUUUAAAUAAUAAUAAUAAUACAUCAUUGACAUUUGACAAUUAUUUGGUUUAUUAUUUAUUAACUCUUAUUGCUGUAACAUUUGAGCUUAUUUUAAGAUUUCCCGUAUAAAUAUAACUUCACUAAUACGUCUCCUGAAAUCUGAGCUACAGUAUAUUACUUAAAAAAUGAAGAAAAAUACAAGAAAAUAUUUUUCUUUUUUUGUUGGCAGAUUAGCUUAUUUUAAUUCGUUUUUUAUUAGAUUAAUAUUUGUAUGUAAAUAUGACGAAAUAUUAGUAGAAUAAAUAAUUAUUCAAAUAAGGUAAAUAGCAGUUUAAUUAGCUUAUUUAUUUUAAUAGUUUUUUUAAAAUAUCAUAAUAUAAAUAUUAUUUAAUUAUUUUUAGAAAAAAUCCUGCUUUAGUAUAUAUUUUUUAAAUUGUAUAUAAAUAUUAGUAAAUGUAAUAUUUAUAUAUUUAUAUAUAUUUUGUGGAAUAUUUGUAUAUAAAUAUUGCAAAAUAUGAAUAAAAUGCUUCAAAUACGUUAAAUAGUGGGCAAGAAUGGGCAGACUAUUUUCCUUAUUUUUCAGUGAUAUAUGUCAGAUUUGGAUGUAAAAUAAAGCCACUGUUGACUGGUCGUCAGUCAAAGAUCAGCACUUGACCUUGAUUUCAGAACAUCCAGCUUGCUUCUUUUCACUUUUGGUGCUGAACUAGAUCUUAAAAUGCAGUUGAACUUUUCCAACGGCACCUUAAACAUACUUUGUUGUUUUUGCGUGCUGGUACACGAUGCGUUGCCAUGCGGCGAUGCAAUGCUGAGCUGGUGUGCAACGAUUGGGUUCCCACGGUAGCGAUGACGUGCCUGCAAUUAGCGCCCACUUGUGCUCACCUUGCAGGCCUUGUAGAAUUCCAGGACGAGCACCACGACUGAGUGAGUGAUGUCAGCUUGUACUUCAGAUGCCAAGCAUUUUUUUUGCCUUCUUUAGUGACGACUCUUUAUUUAUGCAACAUUAAUUGAAGCUUUGUUUACUCUGAGGUUGGCUAAUUGCGUUUUGUCAUGCAUGUGACUUUGCUAACAUGAAAACACUGAUUGUAAUGUUCCGGACACCAACAACCACACAAAUAAAAGAUAUUUACUUACUGUUCUGUGGCGUACAUUCACCCUUAUUAUGCACGUUCCCAAUGCAGCAAAGAGCCAAUCACUGACUCACAAACUGUCUGUGCGUUCACAUCGACGUUUAUUCCAGAACUUCACAAAUAAGACCACAUUUUAUAUCAGCCAAACACAUUUUCUAAGACAAAAACACCCUACAAAUAGAGGUGGUCCGUGUGUUCUGAUGUGUUUUGUGGUUAUGAACGCACUUUCAGAAACUAUUAAUAGCCAUAUAAACUAAAUA